AUGGAAGUAAUAGGCGGCGCCACCGCCGUGCUCCAGCUCGUGGUCGCUCUCUCAAAGACAGUUCAAGUUGCCAGCAGCGCGUAUCAUGACAUCCGGCGCAUCGAUGAUAGGAUAGAGGACUUUGAGUCGCAGCUCGAGGCUACCAGGUUCCAUCUUAAUUUGCUAGAGAACUGCAUCUCCAGCGGAACUUUUGGUGAGCAUAUCUGUCGGUACGCGGAGCUCGUCCCCGUGAUCAAAUCAUGCGAUCGCGCGUACACGCGGCUUUCCAACAUCUUCGUCAAGAUCCACCGCGAUAGAUCAUGGGCGACCUCUGUGAGGACAGCGACGGGCGUUAGCAGCCAAAGCCUCGCCGACGAACUCAACCAGCGACGGAUCAAGCACGCCGAGCAGAUGAUUGCGAGCAAUCAAUUCUCCAAGGCUAUUCCACAUCUUGUUAGAGUGCUUGAUGGCCAGCCUGGGUCUGAAAAGGACCCUCGUCUGAUCCGCAUGCUUGCAAAAGCUCUCGGUGAAACGGAUCCCAACAGUAAAGACGCCGAGAUUCUAUGCAAAAGGUAUCCCAGUCUUGCGCUCCAUCUCGAUGCUCAACGUCUAGUCCAGGCCGAAAUACUACUCGCUGAGCCGAACCUUGGCGGGGUGGUUCGCUUACUUCAAUCUUAUGGGGUGACUCAAGCCGAGGGUUUUGCGUAUGACGAUGUCAACAUCAACAUCCGGCUGAUCUUGUCCACUGCGUUGGUACAGCUUAGCCAAGCGGACGAAGCUCUCCUCAUCUUAAAUCGCCUUUCACAGAGGGAGGAGCUCGACCCAGCACAAACGAGCGACGUCCAUCGUUUGCUCGCUGAGACGUACGCCCUCAAGUCGGACCUAGACCAUGCAAAGUCUCACUGCAUGCAAGCCAUCGAGCUGAACAUGGAGGUCCGCGGCCGUGAUGACGAGAGAACCCUCGCUUGUUUGUCGCUUAUGGUUGACGUCUGUCGCAAGACAAUGGACCCGGAUGAAGACAUCUGGAAAGACAUGUUGCCAGAGGGGCCCGAGAGAACCGUCAUGGCCUCAGUGUCCAUUGGCGAAAUCUCGGUGAGCUCUUCUAACCCGGCCCAGAGACUUCACGCGUUAUACCGGGACAUGGUUGAGAUGGCCAUCACUGACGUGGGAGCGGCGGCUGACCUAGGUACCGACUUUCUGCGAAAGAACUAUUACGUCGAUGCGCUUUCCGCAAAAUGGUACCCGAAUCAGCCCAAAAAGGCUGGUCAAGUUUGCUUUGACUGUAUUCGACGGAACAUCAUUGAGAUGCAGAUCCUGUACCAGACCAAUGGCUAG